AUGGACGUGUUUCUGCAAAACAAAAGUGAUACAAAAUCUAUCCCUUUUCGUUGCAACGAUAAACAAAUGUUUUGGGACGAAUUCGCAACGCAGAUAGCAAUAUGCCUUCAUAUCUAUCUAUCUAUCUAUCUAUCUAUCUAUCUAUCUAUCUAUCUAUCUCUGUUUGACCAUAUCUAUCUAUCUUUUCAUAUCUACCUAUAUGAUCCUACCUAUCUGUUCAAUUCUAUCUAUAUGUUCAUUUAUCUAUCUAUCUAUCUAUCUAUCUAUCUAUCUAUCUAUCUAUCUAUCUAUCAAGCUAGUUAUCCCAGUCCACUCAUAUCUAUCUAUCUAUCUAUCUAUCUAUCUAUCUAUCUAUCUAUCUAUCUAUUUGAUUCUAUCUAUCUAUCUAUCUAUCUAUCUAUCUAUCUAUCUAUCUAUCUAUCUAUCAAGCUAGUUAUCCCAGUCCACUCAUAUCUAUCUAUCUAUCUAUCUAUCUAUCUAUCUAUCUAUCUAUCUAUCUAUCUAUUUGAUCCUAUCUAUCUAUCUAUCUAUCUAUCUAUCUAUCUAUCUAUCUAUCUAUCUAUCUCAUUCUGCUCAUAUCUAUCUAUAUAUCUAUCUCUCUCUUUAAUCCAUUUCUUUCCCUUUCUCGCUCUCUCUCUCUUUCUCUCUCUCUCUCUCUCUCUCUCUCUCUAUCUAUCUAUCUAUCUAUCUAUCUAUCUAUCUAUCUAUCUAUCUAUCUCACUAUUCUUUCAUUUUUGUUUGCGUCUUUCUUUUUCUUUGUUUUUUUUCUUUCUUUCUUUUUCUAUCCUUCUUUUUUCUUCUUUAGUUACUUCUCCCAUUUUUUUUUCUGUUUUUUCCUUCAUGUUUUCUUUUAUUUUCAUAUUUUCAUUUAUUUUUCUUCCUGUUUUCUUUCAUUUUCUUUUUUUAUGCAUUUAUUCUUCUAGUUGUGUUCAUAUCUAUCUAUCUAGUUGUGUUCAUAUCUAUCUAUCUAGUGUGUUCAUAUCUAUCUAUCUAUCUAUCUAUCUAUCUAUCUAUCUAUCUAUCUAUCUAUCUGUGUUCAUAUCUAUCUAUCUAUCUAUCUAUCUAUCUCGUUGUGUUCACAUCUAUCUAUCGAUCUCAUUGUUCAUAUCUAUCUAUCUAUCUCAUUGUGUUCAUAUCUAUCUAUCUAGUAACUUAUUUAUUUCCUCUUUCUUUCUCUCUUUCUUUCUUUUUAUCCAGUAUUUUUAUUUGUUUCUCAUCAGGUAUUUCUUUUUCUUUCUCUUUCUCUCAUUCUUUAUUUCUUUCUUUCUUUUUAAUCCACUAUUGUUAUUUGUUAUCAAGUGUUUCUUCUUCUUCUUCUUCUUCUUCUUCUUCUUCUUCUUCUUCUUCUUCUUCUUCUUUAUUUCUUUCUUUCCUCUUUAA